CUCUGAUGUUGUAGUCUGUCCUCGAUCAUAUAUGAGAGAGCAAGUUGCAGCCUCUCGCUAUAGAGGUUUGGCCCCGGGGUUCCUUGCAGUCCAUGCCCGGUCCAACCGCCGGUGAUGAUAAAACAACAUGUAUAAUAAGCAACUCGAUUGAUAGUAGACCAUGUUGACAACCACCAACGUUACUUGGCUAGACAUACUAUGCCUUACCGGUGUUACAGCCGGAGUCUAUCUGGUAAAGCAGGUGGUCAUCAAGAAGAAUCCUGCACCAUAUCCACCUGGUCCUCCGGGGUGGCCUCUCAUUGGCAAUAUUAUAGACAUGCCUCGCGUCAAGCCCUGGCUCACGUUUACUGAGUGGGGUCAGAAAUAUGGUGAUAUCACGCAUAUCAAGAUUCUGGGUCGGCACAUCAUUGUGCUGAACUCUGUCAAGGCUGCAAUGGAAACGAUGGACAGUAAAAGCAUUGUGUACUCUGAUCGUCCUGUUCUUCCCAUACUUGGCGAACUUGUUGGCUGGAAGAACGCUUUACCUUUCAUGGCUUAUGGUGACCGUUUUCGCCUGCAGCGCAGGAACUUCCAUCAGGUCAUUGGAACUCGUGCCGCAGCGGAAGUAUACAAUAUGAGCGAGGAGGUUGAAAUUCGCCGGUUUCUGAAGCGCGUGCUUGCAAAACCCGACCAACUGCAGGAGCAUAUUCGACAUACUGUUGGCACUGUCAUUCUGCGCAUCUCUCAUGGUUAUGAAGUGCAAGAGAACAAUGAUCCUUUCAUUGACCUUGCAAACCGCGUUACGACCUAUGCCUCGCAGGCCGCAGCUCCCAGUGCCGUUAUGAUUGAUAUCUUGCCAUUCUUGACAAAGGUCCCCGCUUGGUUCCCUGGUGCUGGCUUCAAGCGCAUGGCACAUAAAGGGCGUGACAACCUUGAAGAGAUGGUUUCUGCACCCCACAAGUUUGUCAAGGACCAAAUGGUUGCCGGCAUCGCCCCUGUGUCUUUUACCUCGACUCUCUUGGAAGGCAGUGAUGUGUCUGCGGAAGAGGAACACGGUGUGAAGUGGUCUGCUUUUUCCCUAAUCACCGGUGGUACCGAUACGACUAUUGCUGCAUUAUACUCGCUUUUUUUAGCUAUGACACUUUUCCCUGAUGUGCAGAAGAAAGCUCAGGCUGAAAUAGACGCAGUUGUCGGUCCUGACCGUUUCCCCACCUUUGCCGACCGCGACUCCCUCCCCUAUACUAAUGCCCUUGUCAAAGAAAUCCUCCGCUGGCAUGUUGUCUCUCCUGCAGCUCUCCCUCACUGUGUGACUAAAGACGAUAUCCAUGACGGGUACUAUAUUCCAAAAGGCUCCAUAAUCUUACCUAACAUUUGGUUCAUGCUCAACGAUCCACGGACAUAUGCUAACCCCUCGCAAUUCAAUCCUGAACGCUUCUUAGCUAAGGAUGGAAAGGAACCCGAGAUGGAGCCUCGCAUAGCCUGCUUUGGAUUCGGUAGACGUAUUUGCCCAGCCCUCCAUCUCGCCGAUGCCUUCAUUUGGAUAUCUACUGCAAUGUCACUGGCUGCGUUUGAUAUUUCAAAGGUCGUCGAGCAUGGCGCCGAGAUCACACCUGAAGUCGAUCCAUCCACAGCUUCAUCCAGGUAUGUCGCAUAUUUUGUCACGUUCCGCGCUAGUUUGAAUAUACACACUCCCAGCCACCCUAAACCCUUCAAGUGUUCUAUCAAGCCUCGCUCCGCAAUUGCCCUUGAGCUCAUCGAGCAAGAUGCUAACUACUAAGUGCAUGAUGAUGAGACUGGAGACACACGCACUGGAGAAAACAUUCAUGAGAGGUUGUCCCGCCGUCUCUUAUUAUAUUUCUCUAGGGUGUUUCGUGUCUUAGGCAUUGAUAAUAUCUAGUUGUUCUCUUCAAACACUAAUCGUGUUUACGACAUGUCUUAGCUUGUUUUAUGUUCGUUGGGGCGAUGCCCUAUGGUAGACAAAACGUACAAGUAUAUACCAAGUAUAAA